ACGAAGUAAAAAAAAUGUUUUGCAAUAUUGCGGGCAAAAACUCGAGAAUCAAACAUAUCAAAAUCUUGUUUGUGGGAAACACAACACAAACUGAAGAAAACAUUUCCAAAAACCCUUGAAGUCUUGUUUGGUUCUUUGUCGAAAUCCAUGGAAGGUUCUCUGUAGUUUAAGAGUAAAAGCUCUUUCUGAAACCAUUAAAAAUUCGACUUUUCCCUACGUUUUCUCUCUGAAUCCAACCAUUCAAUUUCUAUUUCCCAAACGCGCCCAGUACCGUUGCAAGGGUUUUCGAAAAGUAUUUUCUCCAGAGUGAAAAACCCUAAAUUUUAAGGAAGCAGUGUAAUUUUAGCAGUUUUAGGGUUUUUGACCCUAAAAUUUUCCCGCCAUGAGUCCAAUUCAGAAUUUCGAGCAACAUUCUAGUCUUCUAUUAGACCCGGACCUCCCAAUUCAAACAAGAUUGCAAAUGGCAAUGGAGGUAAGGGAUAGUUUAGAGAUAACACAUACAGCCGAAUAUUUGAAUUUUUUGAAGUAUUACUUUCGUGCAUUCUCGGUGAUUCUGCUUCAGAUAACGAAGCCUCAGUUCACUGAUAAUCCAGAACAUAAACUUCGUAACAUUGUGGUUGAGAUUUUAAAUCGUUUGCCACAUAGCGAAGUGCUUCGGCCUUUUGUUCAGGAUUUAUUGAAGGUUACAAUGCAAGUGCUUACUACUGAUAAUGAAGAAAAUGGAUUGAUCUGUAUUCGGAUAAUUUUUGACUUGCUUAGGAAUUUCCGGCCUACUCUUGAGGCUGAAGUACAGCCGUUUCUAGAUUUUGUGUGUAAAAUAUACCAGAAUUUUAGGUUGACCGUGAGUCAUUUUUUUGAGAGUGGAGCGGCAAUGGCAGUUCCGCAAAUCUGCGCAUCUGGUGGUUUAGAAGAUAUUAAGCCAAUGGAUACAUCUGAUCAGUUGACUCCUUCUUCUAGCAGUAGUGGGCUUAGUGGUGUUACUACAGGAUAUCAUGGUUCUGGUCAACUGAAUCCGAGCACAAUGUCAUUUAAAAUUGUUACAGAGAGUCCGUUGGUGGUCAUGUUUUUGUUUCAACUCUAUAGCCGGCUUGUUCAGACAAAUAUUCCUCAGUUGCUGCCACUUAUGGUGGCGGCUAUCUCUGUUCCUGGUCCCGAGAAAGUGCCUCCCCAUUUGAAGACGCAGUUUAUUGAAUUAAAGGGUGCACAAGUUAAGACUGUUUCUUUUUUGACGUAUCUCUUGAAGAGUUUUGCUGAUUAUAUCAGGCCACACGAGGAGAGCAUUUGUAAAAGUAUUGUCAACUUGCUUGUUACCUGUUCUGACUCUGUUUCCAUUAGGAAGGAAUUACUGGUAGCUCUGAAACAUGUUCUUGGAACAGAUUUUAAGAGGGGUUUGUUUCCUUUGAUUGACACAUUGCUUGAAGAGAGGGUUCUUGUUGGUACUGGACGGGCGUGUUAUGAGACGUUGAGGCCAUUGGCUUAUAGCUUGCUAGCAGAGAUUGUUCAUCAUGUUCGAGCAGAUCUCUCCUUGCCGCAGCUAUUACGCAUCAUUUACUUGUUCUCAAGCAACAUGCAUGAUGCUUCGCUAACAUUGAGUAUCCACACCACUUGUGCUCGUCUUAUGCUGAAUCUGGUUGAACCAAUUUAUGAGAAGGGGGUUGACCAAACAUCAAUGGAUGAAGCACGAAUUUUACUGGUUCGGAUCUUGGAUUCUUUUGUUGGGAAGUUUAGUACCUUCAAGCACACCAUUCCCCAGCUGCUUGAGGAGGGUGAGGAAGGAAAAGAUCGAGCUUCACUGAGAUCAAAACUGGAGCUUCCAGUUCAGGCUGUUCUAAAUUUGCAGGUACCAACUGAACAUUCCAAGGAAGUCAAUGAUUGCCGACAUUUGGUCAAGACCUUAAUAAUGGGCAUGAAGACUAUAUUUUGGACUAUAACUCAUGUUCAUACUCCUCAUGCACAGGUAUCUGCUGCCCAUGGGGCACAUCAACAGAUGUUGCCUAAUGGUUUGCCUGCUUUCAAAGGAUUGAGGGAAGAUGAGGUCUGGAAAGCGUGCGGUGUUUUAAAAAGUGGUGUGCAUUGUUUAGUCAUUUUUAAGGAUACUGAUGAUGAGAAGGAGAUGCUUGGGCACUUCUCCCACACUCUUGCUAUUCUGGAGCCUCGAGAUCUUAUGGAUAUGUUCUCACUUUGCCUGCCGGAGCUUUUUGAAUGCAUGACUUCUAACAACCAGCUAGUUCUCAUAUGUUCUACUCUGCUCCAAGCAGCCAAGGUUUUUCGUCCAUUUUCAGAUGUCUUGAUCAAUUUUCUUGUUACUAGUAAACUUGAUGUUCUGAAACAACCAGAUUCCCCUGCUGCAAAGUUAGUGUUGCACCUCUUUCAUCUAUUGUUUGCAGCUGUUGCAAAAUUCUCUUCUGAUUCAGAACGUAUACUCCUGCCUCACGUGCCUGUUAUUAUUGAGGUGUGCAUGAAAAAUACCACUGAAGUUGAGAAGCCUAUUGGCUAUCUACAGCUGCUUCGAACAAUGUUUCGUGCACUUGCUGGUGGAAAAUUUGAAAACAUUUUGCGGGAUUUGAUGUCUCUGUUGCAACCUUGUCUGAAUAUGUUACUAGCCAUGCUCGAGGGACCAGCUGGAGAGGAAAUGAGGGAACUUCUUUUGGAGUUAUGCUUAACUUUGCCUGCGCGUUUAAGUUCAUUGUUGCCUUUCCUUCCUCGCCUUAUGAAGCCACUGGUUUUGUGCUUGAAAGCUAAUGAUGAACUCGUUAGUUUGGGUUUGAGAACUUUGGAGUUUUGGAUCGAUAGUUUAAACCCCGACUUUCUUGAACCAAGUAUGGCAAAUGUCAUGUCUGAAGUAAUCUUGGCGUUGUGGUCUCAUUUGAGACCUGCUCCUCAUCCUUGGGGUGGGAAAUGUUUACAACUUCUUGGGAAGUUAGGUGGACGCAAUAGGCGCUUUCUGAAAGAGCCAUUGGCUCUGGAAUGCAAGGAAAAUCCCGAGCAUGGGAUUCGUGUGAUUCUUACGUUUGAGCCUGGGACCCCAUUCUUGGUGCCUUUAGAUCGUUGUAUAAACCUUGCUAUAACAACUGUUAUGCAGAAAAACGGACAUGUAGAAUUGUUCUAUAGAAAACAGGCUUUGAAGUUUCUUCAAGUGUGCCUUGCAGCUCAGCUGAACUUGCCAGGAAACAUUGCAGAUUUGGGAUUCACACUGGACAAGCUGUCUAAAUUGCUAUCAUCAUCUGGUGAUGUGUCUUGGCGAAGGUGUGAGACUUCAGAUGUCAAGGCGGAGUUUGGUGUUAAAACAAAGACUCAGCUUAUGGCCGAAAAGUUUGUUUUCAAGAGUCUUUUGAUGACUGUCAUCUCAUCCUCUGCCGAACCAGAUCUUCUUGAUCCAAAGGAUGAUUUUGUGGUCAAUGUCUGUCGUCACUUUGCCCUCAUGUUUCAUGUUGAUGAUUCCUCCUCUAAUGCUUCUAUGACAUCCACCAGUGGGGGUCCUGUGAUAUCAUCAAAUACUAAUAUGGUUUCUAGAUCAAGAAGUAGUACUGGUACAAAUUUGAGAGAGCUGGAUCCGUUAAUAUUUUUAGAUGCUUUGGUGGAUGUGUUAGCAGAUGAAAACAGGCUUCAAGCCAAGGCUGCUCUUACUGCAUUGAACAUAUUUGCUGAGACUCUUUUAUUCCUAGCUAGUUUGAAGCACAAUGAUGUGUUACUGUCAAGGGGAGGUCCUGCAACACCAAUGAUUGUUUCUAGCCCGUCGAUGAAUCCUGUUUAUUCUCCGCCUCCUAGUGUGCGCGUCCCUAUUUUUGAGCAACUUUUGCCUCGUCUAUUACACCUGUGCUAUGGAGUUAUGUGGCAAGCUCAAAUGGGAGGUGUCGCUGGACUUGGUGCCCUGGUUGGAAAGGUCACUGUUGAGACUCUCUGCCAGUUUCAAGUUAAUAUUGUCAGAGGGUUGAUAUAUGUAUUGAAAAGGCUUCCUAUUUAUGCUAAUAAGGAGCAGGAAGAAACAAGUCAGGUGUUAAUGCAAGUUCUUAGAGUGGUUAACAAUGUUGAUGAAGCAAACGGUGAAUCUCGGAGGCAGAGUUUUCAUGGUGUUGUUGAGUAUCUUGCAUCAGAGCUGUUCAAUGCAAAUGCUUCAGUAAACGUGAGGAAGACUGUGCAGUCUUGUUUAUCCUUGCUUGCUAGUCGGACAGGCAGUGAGGUAUCUGAGUUGCUUGAGCCUUUGUAUCAGCCUCUACUUCAGCCCCUUAUUGUGCGUCCACUUCGUGUAAAAACUGUUGAUCAACAGGUGGGAACAGUUACUGCAUUGAAUUUCUGUUUGGCUUUGAGGCCGCCUCUCCUGAAGUUAACCCAAGAACUGGUUAGUUUUCUACAAGAAGCUUUGCAUAUUGCAGAGUCUGAUGACUCUGUGUGGGUUGUAAAAUUUAUGAAUCCCAAAGUUGCGACAUCCUUGAAUAAGCUUCGUACAGCUUGCAUUGAGCUACUUUGCACUGCAAUGGCCUGGGCAGAUUUCAAGACAGCAAAUCAUGCUGAGCUGCGUUCAAAGAUCAUAUCUAUGUUCUUCAAGUCUUUGACAUGUCGUAAUUCAGAAAUUGUUGCUGUUGCAAAGGAAGGCCUAAGACAGGUUAUCCAGCAGCAGAGGAUGCCUAAAGAACUUUUGCAGACUAGCCUCAGACCAAUUUUAGUUAACUUGGCAUAUACCAAAAACCUCAGUAUGCCUCUGCUGCAAGGUCUUGCUCGCUUGCUUGAACUUCUUUCCACCUGGUUCAAUGUAACACUAGGUGGUAAAUUAUUAGAGCACCUAAAGAAGUGGCUAGAGCCUGAAAAACUUGCACAGAGUCAGAAAGCGUGGAAGGCUGGUGAAGAACCAAAAAUUGCAGCAGCGAUUAUCGAGUUGUUUCACCUUCUUCCCAGUGCUGCAGGAAAGUUCCUCGAUGAACUUGUAUCUUUAACUAUUGAAUUGGAAGAAGCUCUUCCACCAGGACAAUUCUACAGUGAGAUUAAUAGUCCUUAUCGUCUUCCGCUUACAAAAUUUUUGAAUCGUUACCCAACAGCCGCUGUGGAGUACUUUCUAUCUCGGUUAAGUCAGCCAAAAUAUUUUAGACGGUUCAUGUAUAUAAUAAAAUCUGAUGCUGGACAGCCCCUGAGAGAGGAACUUGCAAAGUCCCCUCAAAAAAUCAUUGCUAGUGCCUUUGUUGAAUUUGUGCCAAAAUCAGAAAUAUCAGCGGUUUCAGGAUCCACAACUACUCCUACUGCUCAGUUGGGUGAUGAAGUCCUCGCCACUCCUCUCUCUGAAGGCUCUACUGCACCUUCUACUAGCUGUGGGGUUCUGUCAGAUUCUUAUUUUGAAGGCCUUCAGUUGGUUAAAACUCUGGUCAAAUUAAUGCCUUCUUGGCUUCAGAGCAAUCGUAGUCUGUUUGAUGUCCUAGGACUCAUUUGGAAGUCGCCUGUCAGAAUUGCUCGAUUGAAUAAGGAACAGGAGUUGAACCUAGUGCAAGUCAAAGAAAGCAAAUGGCUUGUGAAAUGCUUCCUGAAUUACUUGCGCCAUGAUAAGACUGAAGUCAAUGUGCUUUUUGACAUACUUUCCAUAUUUCUAUACCACACUCGCAUUGAUUAUACGUUCCUGAAGGAAUUUUAUAUUGUUGAGGUAGCAGAGGGUUAUGCACCGAGUUUGAAAAAGACACUUAUGAUGCACUUCUUGGACAUAUUCCAGUCAAAGCAACUGAGUCAUGAUCAUUUGGUGGUGAUUAUGCAAAUGCUGAUUCUUCCUAUGUUAGCUCAUGCCUUUCAGAAUAACCAAAGUUGGGAGGUUGUUGACCCGAGUAUCAUUAAAACAAUUGUUGAUAAACUUCUUGAUCCUCCUGAAGAGGUCUCUGCCGAGUAUGAUGAACCAUUGAGGAUAGAACUUUUACAGCUCGCAACACUACUUCUAAAGUAUCUUCAGAGUGACCUUGUUCACCAUAGAAAAGAGCUCAUUAAAUUUGGUUGGAAUCAUCUUAAACGUGAAGAUAGUGCGAGUAAGCAGUGGGCAUUUGUCAAUGUUUGCCAUUUCUUAGAAGCUUAUCAGGCCCCAGAGAAAAUCAUACUUCAGGUAUUUGUUGCUCUUUUGAGAACUUGUCAACCAGAGCAUAAAAUGUUGGUGAAGCAAGCCCUUGAUAUAUUGAUGCCAGCAUUACCAAGAAGAUUAGCUCCCGGAGAUAAUCGCAUGCCUAUUUGGAUACGUUAUACUAAGAAAAUUCUUGUUGAAGAAGGCCAUUCAAUUCCUAAUUUGAUUCACAUCUUUCAGCUCAUUGUGCGGCAUUCAGAUCUUUUCUAUGCCUGCCGAGCACAGUUUGUACCUCAUAUGGUGAAUUCUCUUAGCCGAUUAGGGUUGCCAUAUACCACAACUCCUGAAAAUCGUCGUCUAGCUAUAGAACUUGCUGGGUUGGUUGUUGGUUGGGAGAGGCAGAGGCAAAGAGAAAUGAAAUCUGCUACUGGGACUGAUACAUCAACUCAGAAUUCUGAUCUAUUAAGUUCAGGUACUGCUGUUGCAGACUCCAAACGUGCUACAGAGGAAACAACAGGUACUGAGGAUCCAAGUAAGCGUGUGAAAAUUGAACCUGGGAUCCAAUCCUUCCUUGGAACUUCUCCGCCAGGUGCUGCCUCCAUACCUAACAUUGGGACCCCAGGUUCUGCAUCUCAAGCAGAUGAGGAAUUCAAGCCAAAUGCUGCAAUGGAAGAAAUGAUAAUUAAUUUUCUUAUAAGGGUAGCCCUGGUGAUAGAGCCUAAAGACAGAGAAGCGAGUGUGAUGUACAAACAAGCUUUAGAUAUUCUCUCUCAAGCCUUGGAAGUAUGGCCACAUGCUAAUGUGAAAUUCAAUUACCUUGAGAAGAUGCUCAGCAGUAUUCAGCCAUCUCAAUCAAAAGAUCCAUCCACUACUCUUGCUCAGGGCUUAGAUAUCAUGAACAAAGUUUUGGAAAAACAAGCACAUUUGUUUAUCAAAAAUAACAUAAGCCAGAUUUCUCAGAUUCUUGAACCAUGUUUCAAGUACAAAAUGUUAGAUGCUGGAAGGUCAUUGUGUUCCUUGUUGAAGAUCGUUUUUCUCACUUUUCCAUUGGAUUCUACUAGUACUCCAUCUGAUGUGAAGAUUUUAUGCCAGAAAGUCCAAGAUUUGAUUGAGAAGCAAAUUGCAACUGUCACUGCUCCUCAGACUUCUGGAAAUGAUAUUGCUGCUAACUCUAUCAGCUUCGUGCUUUUUGUUACCAAGACUCUUAUGGAGGUACAGAAGGACCUAAUUGAUCCCUCUUUAUUGGUCAGAAUUCUUCAACGUCUGGCACGUGAUUUGGGAUCAGCGGUUGGUACUCAAGCAAGACAGGGUCAGAGACUGGAUCUUGAUUCAGUUACCUCUUCUCGUCAUGGUGCUGAUGUUGGAGCUGUCAUCUCAAAUAUAAAAUCGGUCCUGAAACUUAUUGGUGAAAGUGUCAUGCUUGUGCCUGAGUACAAGAGAUCUAUCACCCAAAUUCUUCAUGCUUUGCUCUCAGAAAAGGUUGCUGAUGCUAGUGUGCUACUUUGUAUCUUGGAUGUUAUAAAAGGGUGGAUUGAGAAUGACUACUGUAAACCCACUGCUGCUGGCACAGCAACUACUUUUCUUAAUGCCAAAGAAAUUGUAUCUUUCCUUCAGAAACUUUCACAGGUUGACAAACAAGCUUUCUCCCCAUUGCAACUUGAAGAGUGGGACAAGAAGUACUUGGAACUUCUUUAUGGGAUCUGUGCCGAUUCAAAUAGAUAUCCUCAUUCCAUGAGGCAAGAUGUAUUUCAGAAAGUGGAAAGGCAGUUCAUGCUUGGUUUGAGGGCGAAGGACCCUGAAACGAGGAAGAAGUACUUUAUGCUUUAUCAUGAAUCUCUUGGAAAAACGUUAUUUGCUAGGCUGCAAUACAUCAUUCAAUUUCAGGAUUGGGAUGCUCUUAGUGAUGUUUUUUGGCUCAAACAAGGACUCGAUCUUCUUCUUGCCUUGUUAGUAGAAGAACAGUCAAUUACACUUGCUCCUAACACUGCGAGAUUGCAGCCUCUUGUUGCAUCGAGUACUAUUCCUGAUGGAUCUGCAAUGCAGCACCAGGUUGCUGAUGUUUCUGAAGUUCCAGAAGCUGUUCCGUUGACAUUUGAAGGGCUUGUUCACAAGCAUGGUCAUUUUCUGAAUAAGAUGGGCAGACUACAGGUGGCUGAUCUUCUUAUGCCAUUGAAAGAGCUUGCUCACACAGAUGCAAAUGUUGCGUAUCACUUGUGGGUAUUGGUAUUUCCUAUUGUCUGGGUGAGCUUAAACAAAGAUGAACAGGUUGCAUUGGCAAAGCCUAUGAUUAGUCUCUUAUCAAAAGACUGUCACAAGAAACAACAGGCACAUCGACCAAAUGUGGUGCAAGCUCUUUUGGAAGGUCUUCAGCUAAGCCAUCCACAGCCUCGGAUGCCUAGUGAACUCAUUAAGUAUAUUGGAAAGACUUAUAAUGCUUGGCAUAUUGCAUUGGCCUUGCUAGAGAGUCAUGUCAUGUUGUUUCCGAACGAUACUAAGUGCUCUGAGUGUCUUGCUGAGCUUUAUCGUUUGCUCAAUGAAGAGGACAUGAGGUGUGGGCUGUGGAAGAAGCGGUCAGUUACAGCAGAAACUAGAGCUGGUCUCUCACUUGUGCAACAUGGCUACUGGCAGCGUGCUCAAAGUCUGUUCUAUCAGGCUAUGGUGAAGGCAACUCAAGGCACUUAUAAUAACACUGUUCCCAAGGCUGAGAUGUGUCUUUGGGAGGAGCAAUGGCUUUAUUGUGCUGGCCAACUAAGUCAAUGGGAUGCCCUGUCAGAUUUUGGCAAGUCCGUUGAAAAUUAUGACAUUUUACUUGAUAGCCUUUGGAAAGUCCCUGAUUGGGGUUAUAUGAAGGAUCAUGUAAUACCCAAAGCCCAAGUAGAAGAAACUCCAAAGCUCAGAAUAAUUCAGGCCUACUUUGCACUUCAUGAUAGAAAUGUUAAUGGUGUUGGAGAUGCAGAAAACAUUGUUGGGAAAGGUGUGGAUCUUGCUCUAGAACAGUGGUGGCAAUUGCCUGAAAUGUCUGUGCAUGCUAGGAUACCUCUUCUGCAGCAAUUUCAGCAGCUAGUCGAAGUUCAGGAAUCAGCAAGAAUUCUUGUCGAUAUUGCAAAUGGAAACAAGCAUGCUGGGAACACAGCUGGGCAUGGAGGAAUUUAUUCAGAUCUAAAGGAUAUUCUGGAGACCUGGAGAUUGAGGACACCAAAUGAAUGGGAUAACAUGACAGUUUGGUAUGAUUUGCUGCAAUGGAGAAAUGAAAUAUACAAUGGCGUCAUCGAUGCUUUUAAGGAUUUUGGCUCGACUAAUCCUCAACUUCAUCACCUUGGCUACCGUGACAAAGCAUGGAAUGUCAAUAGGCUUGGUCAUAUUGCUCGCAAACAAGGUCUUUAUGAUGUGUGUGUAACCAUACUAGAAAAAAUGUAUGGUCACUCUACAAUGGAGGUGCAGGAGGCCUUUGUUAAAAUUAGAGAACAAGCAAAAGCCUAUUUUGAAAUGAAGGGAGAACUGACCAGCGGUUUAAGUUUGAUCAAUAGCACCAAUCUUGAAUACUUUCCUGUUAAGCAUAAAGCAGAAAUUUUUCGCCUAAGAGGAGACUUCUUACUGAAGUUAAAUGAUUGUGAAGCUGCAAAUCGAGAGUAUUCCAAUGCCAUCAGUGUUUUCAAAAACCUGCCAAAAGGGUGGAUUAGCUGGGGAACUUAUUGUGACAUGGCUUACAAGGAAACACAGGAUGAAAUUUGGUUGGAGUAUGCUGUAAGUUGUUUUCUUCAAGGUAUUAAAUUGGGUAUACCCAAUUCAAGAAGCUAUCUUGCUCGUGUUCUUUACCUUCUCAGCUUUGAUACCCCUAAUGAACCUGCUGGAAAAGCAUUUGACAAAUAUUUGGAUCAAAUACCCCAUUGGGUGUGGCUCUCCUGGAUUCCUCAAUUGCUCCUUUCCUUACAACGAACAGAAGCCCCGCAUUGCAAGCUUGUCCUUUUGAAAAUUGCUACAGUAUAUCCACAGGCUUUAUACUAUUGGUUGCGCACAUAUUUACUCGAACGUCGUGAUGCGGCUAAUAAAUCAGAAAUCGGGAGAUUAGCUAUGGCGCAGCAAAGAAUGCAGCAGAAUCCUUCCGCUUCUGGUGCUGUUUCACUUGGCGUGAAUGAUGGGGCUGCUAGAAUGCAGAGUCAUGGUGCUCCAGAAAAUCAGGUUCAUCAGGUGUCUCAACCAGGUAGUUCUAUCACCUCCCAUGAUGGUGGAAUGAUAAGUGGUCAAGAUUCAGAAAGGUCUGUUGCUGGAGAUGGUUGUGCAUCAUCCAAUAGUGAGCCACACCAGCAAAGUUCCUCAAACAUUAGUAAUGGUCAGAAUGCAUUAAGGCGUAGUGGUGCUUUGAGUUUUAUGGCUUCUGCUGCCAGUGCUUUUGAUGCUGCAAAGGAUAUUAUGGAGGCUCUUAGGAGCAAGCAUACUAAUCUUGCCAGUGAACUUGAGAUAUUGCUCACAGAGAUUGGGUCAAGGUUUGUCACUUUGCCAGGGGAGAGACUUCUAGCAGUAGUUAAUGCAUUGCUUCAUCGGUGUUACAAAUAUCCAACUGCUACUACUGCUGAGGUUCCCCAGUCACUUAGGAAGGAGCUUUCCGGUGUCUGUAGGGCAUGCUUUUCAGCUGAUGCUGUGAACAAGCAUGUUGAUUUCGUGCGCGAGUAUAAGCAAGACUUUGAACGUGAUCUUGAUCCAGACAAUGCUUCUACCUUCCCGGGAACACUUUCUGAACUCACUGAGCGAUUGAAACAUUGGAAAAAUGUCCUACAAAGUAAUGUUGAGGACAGAUUUCCAGCUGUGCUGAAACUGGAAGAGGAAAGCAGGGUUUUACGCGAGUUUCAUGUUGUUGAUGUUGAGGUCCCAGGACAGUACUUUACUGAUCAGGAGAUUGCACCUGAUCAUACAGUAAAGUUGGAUCGGGCUGGUCCUGACAUUCCAAUUGUGCGAAGACAUGGUAGUAGUUACCGUCGCUUGACACUAAUCGGCUCAGAUGGUUCACAUCAUCAUUUUAUUGUCCAAACAUCACUAACACCGAAUGCUAGGAGUGAUGAACGUAUGCUUCAACUAUUCCGUGUGAUGAAUCGCAUGUUCGAUAAGCACAAGGAGUCUAGGAGGCGGCAUAUAUGCAUUCAUACCCCAAUAAUAAUUCCUGUUUGGUCUCAGGUUCGCAUGGUAGAAGAUGAUUUGAUGUAUAGUACAUUGCUCGAGGUUUAUGAGAACCAUUGCGCUAGAAAUAAUCGUGAGGCUGAUCUUCCGAUUUCCCUUUUCAAGGAGCAGCUUAACCCAGCUAUGGCUGGUCAAAUUUCACCAGAGGCUCUUGUUGAUCUCCGUCUCCAAGCUUAUAAUGAAGUAACUAGGAACCAUGUGCCAGACAACAUACUUUCACAGUUCAUUUACAAGACACUGCUUAACGGCAACCACAUGUGGGCUUUUAAGAAGCAAUUUGCCACCCAGUUGGCUCUUUCGUGUUUUAUUUCAUACAUGCUGCAGAUUGGAGGAAGGUCCCCGAACAAAAUUCUCUUUGCGAAGAACACCGGCAAAAUAUUUCAGACUGAUUUCCACCCAGCAUAUGAUGCUAAUGGAAUGGUUGAAUUUGGUGAGCCUGUUCCGUUCCGUCUCACCAGAAAUAUGCAGGCUUUCUUUUCCCACUUUGGAGUAGAAGGGCUCAUUAUCUCUGCUAUGUGUGCUGCAGCACAAGCUGUUACAACUCCUAAGCAAAACAAGCAUCUAUGGCAUCACCUAGCUAUGUUUUUCCGUGACGAGCUGUUGUCAUGGUCUUGGAGAAGACCACUUGGAAUGCCUAUGGCGCCCGUUCCUGGAGGUGGUCUAAGCCCUGCAGAUUUCAAGCACAAGGUGACAAGUAACGUUGAGCAUGCGAUUGGCCGGAUCAAUGGAAUAGCUCCCCAGAGUUUAUCUGACGAGGAUGAGAACGCGAUGGAACCCCCUCAAUCUGUUCAAAGGGGCGUGGCAGAGCUCGUUGAAGCUGCAUUGAGCCCGCGAAAUUUGUGCAUGAUGGACCCAACUUGGCAUCCUUGGUUUUAAUCUAAUUUUUCACGACAUUUUUUGCUGGAAUCUAACUUUGCUAGAUUUCAGACUCCCUGAACUUGUGAUUAUUUACACAAUGUAUAUAUGCAGUCUUUUAGUUGAAGUUGAUAAGGGCAAUAAAUCCCUGGUCAAUCAUAUAUGUGCAUUUUCCUUGA